UGACUCAACAACCAGCAGUGAUAGCGAGCGCAGCGCUUCGGUUUAUCCACAAUCCUGCACAGCACCAGCCCACCGCCGCUAAACGCCCCCAUUUCUUUUUACUUGAAACCUUUUACUCCCGCUCGGCAGUGCUGCACGAGGACUAGGAUGACUGGGAAGACCCAGACCAGCAACGUGACCAACAAGAAUGACCCACGCUCCCUCAACUCCCGCGUCUUCAUCGGCAACCUCAACACAGCUGUGGUGACCAAGGGCGACAUCGAGGCCAUCUUCGCCAAGUACGGGAAGAUCUUCGGCUGCUCGGUGCACAAGGGCUACGCCUUCGUCCAGUACGCCAGCGAGAGGAACGCCAGGGUGGCCGUGGCCGGGGAGAACACCAGGGUCAUCGCCGGACAAUCACUAGACAUCAACAUGGCAGGAGAGCCAAAACCAUACAGGCCCAAGUUGGGCUCCAAGAGGCCUCUCUCGUCGCUCUACAGUGGCUAUGAGUUUGACUACGACUACUACAGAGACGAUUUCUACAGCAGACUCUUUGAGUUUCACGGCCGUGUCGCGCCCCCGACCCGGGCUGUGAUCCCCAUCAAACGUUCACGACUACUCGUCCCCUCCACGCACAGAGCCAAAUCCUCCUUGACAGUCAGGGCUUGCUCCUCCUCCUCUUCCUCGUCCUCGUCCUCCUCCCGAGCACUCCACGCCGUCUCUUCCGUGAUGGCCCCUAAACAAUCGAGGCCAAAACUCCAAAAAGACCAUUCAGUGAAGACGGACCAGCUCGUAACAAUCAAAAGGGAGUUGUCUCAGAUCAAGACCAAGAUCGACUCACUGCUGGGAAGGCUGGAGAAGAUUGAGCGGCAACAUCGCUGUGACGCCGAGAUGCAGAGGAAACAAGAGGAGAUGUGUGAAUGUCUCCAUGGUGAUGCGCUGGACCAAUCCGGUGGAGAGGAAGCGGAUGGGACAGCCGAGGUGGAGGCGGGGGAGAUGACGGACGGUGGUGAAGAUGACUUUGAAGAUGAAGGCACCAGCGACAUGGUAAUUAGGACAAGACGCCGUUACCAGUCUCAACAAGGAAUAGAGAACCACAUAUCAGAUAUUGACAACUGAGUAAGCCUGAAGAGAGGAGGCCUACAACACAUGAAGUUGGAGGAACAGAUACCAGCAAUACCUUCUUUAUCGAGAGGGUGUAUUUGAAAUGAAAUGAGAGCAGUGACAGCAGGAGGAAGAGUUUUACAACCUUGUUUGUUGCUAGUUUGCUUCAUUACAACACAACACUUCAUCAAAAAAGCCGGUUAUCGAUAUUCUCCACACUGCUGCAGCGAGAUCAACUUCGAACAGCAAUCCAUAUUUUCCCCUUCAGACAGAUUGCCUAUCUGGAUAAUCAGGACACUACGGUAUAUUGUGUGCUUAAUAUAUUAUGAUCUGUGUGGUGCAUAAACAUACAAUUACGCGAUCAAUCAGAUGAACAAUGGGAUGCCCUCUUUUUGUCGUACUGCAGAUUUAUGUUUGUUCUGUUUCUGUGCAUUGAAAACUGUGACGAGCCCCGACACGGGCAGAGAGCUAAAUAUGAAUGUACGAGGAACACGUUUUCUUUGACACAUGAUAAAUAGGUGUUUUUCUUUUAAUUGUACGUUAUGCUGAAAAUGUACAGUCUGUAAUUUAUUCACAACGUCUCCACACUGUAUUGUUCGCACAUAACGUCUGUCAUUUGUUUAAACACGAUAGGGUGCAUUUUUUAAUUCUGUUGCUAUUCUGUUUAUUGUAAUCAAAAGAUAACUAUUUUUUACAAUUAGCAUGUUGAAAAUGUGGCUUUUAUGCAUCAUUUGUAAUCAUUGCAUCUGUCGCAGCUAUGGAAGAUAACAGUUUUGGAAAUAAACCCGU